UUCAAGCUGUCAAAAGCUGCCAGAUAUAUUUGUGUCAUACGCGGGGUGUCAUAUUUUGUCUAUUUAUUGUUUUGGUUGGAGUUUGAAGAGAUUUCCCUCAAAAUAUCAUUAUGUCCCUGGUAGCAUACGGAAACAGUAGCGAUGAAGAUAGUGAUGAUUAUGAUUCAUCCGACGAGAAGCAGGAAGAUAAAUCGAGCUCAAGUAAUUCCACUGCAAAGGAACCAGUUAUAUCAGCGACUGCAGAGCCAGCAGGUAUUGCGUCAACAUUAGCACUGAAACUUCCAUCGCCGAAAAAACAGACGAGCAAUAGUGUGAUAGAAGAAGAUGACGAAUUCCUGCACAAAAAAGCUGUGCCCACAGAACCACCACCGAAACCUCCAGUCAAACGCGGCACUGUUCAAAUUACUAUACCAGCACUGCCGAAACAAGAUGAACCGAAAUUGAAUAAAAAAGAGAAGUUCAUUGGAGCACAACCGAAUAGACCAGCAGGACUUCUCAAUCUGUUGCCGAAACCUACUUUCGGUAGCUUCAGUAAAAAAGCGACUUCGAUUGCUACUGAUGCCCAUGCUUCUACAGCAACCGCUAAAACCAAACAGUCCAACGGAUUUAUACCGCAUUCAGUCGCAAAAGUUGCUGCAACUUCGAAGAAAAUCAUACAAAAACCUGCAACUAACGACGACGGAAACAGUGGAAGCGACAGCAGCGAUGAUGACGACUAUUUUUCAUUCCACACAGAAACGAAAUUGCCGGAAGUCAGCCAACAAGAAAUAAAUGCAAUGGUUGCGAAAAAGGCUGCCGACAUGAAAACGGCCACAACAACGUACCUACAGAGCAUGGAACGACAGAAUGUCGACAUUGAAGCCGAAAGUGUCGAGAACGUAUCCGAACAAUCUCGUAUCGAUGAUGAGGCACUAGCCGCACUUUGUGGUGCGAAGAGAGCGAGACGUGGCGAUGGACCGAGUGUAGUCAUCGAACUAACCGGCGAUCAGGUGCUUCCGAAUCGUGACGAAUGGCUCAGAAAUCAAUUGCAAUCGACAACCGAAUAUCAACCGAGAGGAUUGGUGGACGAGGAACCGGCUGCAGGUACACGAAAGAAACAUCAAAUCACUUAUUUGGCUCAUCAAGCCAAAGCGAAUGAACAGGAACUGCAAGCGAUGUGGGCGGCCAAUAGACAUACACGCAGACAAACUCAAAAUAAAUACGGAUUUUAAUAAAAUAGUUUAGUUACCUAAAA